GAGGGCCGCGGGCUCGCAGACGACAUGCAGAGAGUCUCCUCGCUGCCGCCCUACCUCCCUGUGAGCUACCACAUCGCCCGAGCGGAGACCUCCUUCUUCCUGAAGGAAGCCAGCCAGGACGUGCUGCGCAACUCCAGCCUGCGGUCCAGAGUGGAGUCCUUCUUCACCUACAAAGCCACGCAGCCGCCCGCAGUGAACGUCAGCUAUGGGCCUUUUUCUGUGGAGAAGAUCGUGCCUCUGGAUUUAAUGCAGACUUCAAACUUUUUAGGCCCAACUAAGAAGUUCAGUUUUGACUGGAAACUGAAGGCCUACGUGCUGCGGGAGAGGAUCUACCUGAGCCGGCCCAAGGUGCAGGUCCUGUUCUACGUCGUGGGCCGGGACUGGGACGACCACGGCUCCGGGGAGAGGCUGCCCUGCCUGCGUGUCUUUGCCUUCCGGGAGACGCAGGAGGUGCGGGGCAGCUGCCGGCUGCAGGGGGAGCUGGGGCUGUGCGUGGCCGAGCUGGAGCUCCUGGCCAGCUGGUUCAGCCCCCCCACGGUGGUCGCAGGGAGGAAGAAGCCCGUGGACCAGCCGGAGGGCAGCCCGGUGGAGCUCUACUACACGGUGCAGCCGGGCGACGAGCGAGGGGACUGCGCUGGGGGGGACGUGAGGAAGGGGAACGCCAUCCGACCAGGCCGGGCUGGGCUGGAGGAGCCCACGUCCCACCUGCAGAGGAUUGGCACUGUGGGCCUUUAUCGGGCCCAGGAGAGCACCCAGCUCAGCGAGUUGCGUUUGGAUAGCAACGUGGUCAUCUGGCUACCCUCCCGGCCGGUCAAGCAGGGCGACGUGGUCACUGCCUAUGUCACGGUCCCCAGCAAUGCCACUGUGGACCUCUUCAUCUUGAGGGCCAAGGUGAAGAAGGGGGUGAACAUCCUGAGCGCUCAGACCAGCGAGCCUCGGCAGUGGGACGUCCAGCAGGAGGUGGGCAGCGGCGGGAAGCACGCCACCGCCACCGUGGUGUGUCAGCGCCUGGGGCCCGGCCCACGCAACAGAAGCAGCUCCCGCAACCCCAGGCCCUCCAUCAUGCCUCAGAGACUGCUGCAGGGCAUGUCCCUGCCCUCUCACUCCCCGUCGGCAUCAGCCUUCGACUUCCUGGCUUUAUGGAGGAAGCUCACCUGUCCCAUACGGAAAGACGGCAAGGAGGGCCCUGGAGCCUUAGAGAACAAGCGAGUCGAGCCAGCCCUACCGUUCCAGCCCCUGUUCCACUUGUGCCACUCUGACAGCAGCUUCCGGAAGCCCCAGCAACACCACGAGCCAGGCCCUCCAGCAGGCCCUAUUCAGAGGAGCCGCCACCGUGGCACUGUGUUUGCCACGGAGCAAGGCCUCCUGAGCCCUUCCAACGAGGCUGCAGCGUGGUCCAGCCCCUCCGCAUUGUCUUCAUGGCUUCCAGUCCUGCUGGGUUUCCAUCACUGGUUGGCUCUCUCCUGUGCUCCCACCCUCAAGGUGACGAAGGUGUCUGGACGCUGGUGCCAUCGGGACAUCCGCAGCCUACGGCACCUGUGGCCUCGACAUUCGCCGCUUUGA